AUCAUCACGCUGAAAUUAAACCAAACUGUAUCUCUUAUAUUUAUCACCUGCCAGGUAUCUCUGUUUGAGGUCAAAGCUCGCCUCAUACUGUUACUCAUCAAAACACCUGAGAUGGGCUUUUGUACUUUGCACCUACUUUAGAUUAAGGUGCAUUACUGUAUUACUGAAGACGGGAAACAGGUAAAGGUGUAUCUUACCAUUGAAUUAACCUCUAUAUAAAAGUCUGUAGGUAUUAUUUUGUUUUUUCUUAACCUUCCUGUUCUCCUCGGGUUCAAUUUGCCCCAUUUCCAAAUGUUUUUAUGUCAGGUUAAAGGCUUGUUCUACGAUAGUGGCAGAAAUAUAACAUGCUCUUAUACUAACCUUUUCUCAAGAAUAGAAUUAUGAUCACUACCACACUUUUUUAAUUCAGAAAAUACGUUUUAUUUUAAAUUAAGUUUAUUAACCAAACAUUUAAAAAAAGAAGAGUAAAACUUGAAAUAAGUCAGAAUAUGGUUUGCUUAAAAUGUGAAACACGGGUUUGGGUGAUUAUUUGUUAUAGUUUACUAUGUUGGACAAACGUUGCUCAGUUGAUAGGAAGACAGCACAAGGGUUAAAGAGGCCCCAUCGUGCUUUCCUGUAGUGUGUUCUAUAGGUUUGUGUGCAUGUAAAUGGUCUGCAAAGGAUCAAAUCCCUGAGUUCCCUCCAGAGGGGGUUUCUCUCCCCCUGCAGUUUAUAGACAGGUGUGUUACUGCCUCCUCACCACCAGAGAGCGCUGUUCACCCACUGACAGAUUAUUCUGCACUGAGGAGAAAUUGAGGAAACGGGAUGAAUAGAAGAAAUUGAGUGAGAAGAAGAUGAUGGAGGAGAUGGAGCAGAGAGGAGGAGCAGCACAGGAGGAGGAGGAGGAGAAGGAGAAGGAGGAGGAGGAGGAGGACACUCAUCCCAGGGACGCUAACAGUAACUGCAACCACGGCGACAACGAUGUCACUUCCUCUCCAGCUGAGACCCCGUCAACGUUGAGCUUUGAAGGGACCCCGACCCCUGCAGGGACCCCUCAGAAAAACGAACCCGUGGUCAUUCAAGGAAACAACAAGAACCCGGCCAGUGAGAAGCUGGAGAGAGUCCGCAAGUGGAGCAUCACCAGAUACAAGUGUACGCGGCAGGCUCUGUCGGAGAAGCUGGGCCGUGGCUCCCGGACCGUGGACCUGGAUCUGGAGCCUCGGCUGGAGCUGCUGAAGGACGACCGGCAGCGCUACGAUCACAUGACCAAGCUCGCCCAGAUACUGGCCAAUCAGCUCGCUCAGUUCACCGUCACCCAGAAGACACUGGGGGACGCCUUCGCCGACCUCAGCCUCAAAACACCAACGCUGCAUGUGGAGUUCGGUCUGAACGCAGAGGCUCAGAGGUUUCUGUCGAAGAGCAACGAGACGCUGUCGACGGCCGUGAACGUCUUCACCUCCGACAUGAACACGCUGGUGAACAAAACCAUCGAGGACACCAUGAUCAACGCCAAGCAGUACGAGGCCGCCAGGAUCCAGUACGAUGCGUACCGCGUGGACCUGGAGGAGCUGAACCUGGGGCCCCGGGACCUCGUAACGCUGCCCAAACUGGAGCAGGCCCAGAGAGACUUCCAGAACCAGAGGGAACAAUACCAGAGGAUCAGAGAGGACCUGUCCGUCAAAGUCAAGCUGCUACAGGAGAACAAGGUGAAGGUCCUCCAUCAGCAGCUGUUCCUGCUGCACAGCGCCGUCGCCGCUCACAGUUUAUCGUGUCAGAGUUUCCUGCAGAAAAACGCCCAGCAGGUCAGUGAACGCCUCAGUAACCCGGCCACCGACGCGCCGUCCUGGCUGGAGGAGAGCUGACCACACAAAGCAGCCUCGAGUUUGGAUGUUUUGGGAUUAAUGGACUGAAAACGCUCGGAUGAUGUGAAUUUGUCAGCUUGGGAUUUAUUUAUACAGGAAUUAUAGGUUGGGGUUGGAUUUCCAGUCUCUGAUAAACGCUACAUAAAUAGGGAGUUAAAUUAAAUAUUUUGGAUGUCUUGUAAUUUUUCACAUCUGAAUUUCAUUACCAUUGUAUUGUUACAGGACAGACAGCACAAAAUAAAUACUGCUACAGAUAAAAUAAAAUAAUAAUCAGCAAAUCAGAGGUUUAGAAAAUCAAAGGCUUCAAUUAAAAUAUAUAUAAAAUAGAGUUAAAAACUCAAGGGUUAUUAUUUAUACACUAAUGAAAUUCAGUAAAAUAUAUAAAAAAUGAAACCAAAAAUGUUUAUGAAAAAGGACAUAAAAUAAUGAACCAAUAAGAAAGCUUCCAUUUGGUCAGCAUCAUUAUAUCCAUCCAUUUUUACCCAAACUUCCCCAAAAGCGUUGUGUUUAGUCUUUCCACUGAAUACACUUCAUUUCAAAGUUAUCGUCUUCAAAUCAAUUCCUUGUAAUUAUUUGCUUUAUUACUACAAGGAAUACGAGAGAUGUCUCUAAUUGCCCAAUUACUGGGCUAAUAAUUGGGUUCUUCUUUAGAGAAAUGCUCGAAGUACUUGUCAGUUCUCUGAUAGACACUGACCCGAAGCCUCUAACGGGACCGGAUGUCUGUGGUUUGAAGAAUUGUUUCUGUACUUUAUAUAUUUUUCCACAGACUUCAGUAUUUCUGAACCCCUGGUUUCCCUGCCUCUGUCUCUGUGUUGGGGAGUAAAUCUAUAAUCCUGAGAGGCACUAAGCCUUCCUUUGAACUUCACAAAUCCUCCGCAGUCAGAAACUCUCAGCCUCUGAAACUGCUGGAAAACAGCUUCUCUGUUUCCACAACGAUCCGCUGCUUCCUGUGGAUCAAAUGCAGCUCAUUAAGGCCGGAAGUUAUUGGUUAAAAGCUCCAAAUCUGGUUCCUCUGAGAGUCCGUGUUUUUGUUCUGGACCAAAGAUUAUUUGUAAUGUAGAAGAAGCAAAUCUACAAAUCCACCCGCCACAGAGACAGGUGCAGGAAUAAGUCCUUCAAUCAUGAAAUGAGUCAGCAUUCUGAGUCCUGGAAAGAGACAUCGCAAUGAGUCCUAAUACCCUGAAGUGACCUUAAAACCCCAUCUUUUUCUUCUUCUUGGUAAACUAUGUAAAGGUGGAUACACCACCAAGGGAACUUGAAACCAAAGCAAACCAAAAAGUGUAGGGUUACUCAACACGCGCUAAAAAAACACGCACAGACCAAUACCUACUUUCAUCAAACAUUUAAUCAGAAACCAAAGUGUUUAAAACAUCGUCUGAUAUAACAACGUAAUAUAACUAUUCUUUAUGCUUGUAUGUUAAGUUUAAACCUCAACCGUGGAACCUUUUCGUUGUUUUUUGUUUGCCUGUCCAGACACACAAACUGAAUUGAGACAAAACACCUUUGAUUUAUGUUGAAUUUGAAGGCGAUGUUGUAUUUAUUUGCAUCGUAAUAUAGCUCGUCAUUAUUUUGUAUAUUUCCUGCACUCUUUGCACAAUAUCCAAAGCAUAAUCUGCCUUAAAUAUCUCCUGUGAAUUCUCUCUUUGUAUGAUAAAUGUUUUUUUGUGUGUGUGUCAGCAACAAUAGCCUUGCAAUAUCUUUGCCUUAAAAUGUUUUUUGUACAACACCAAUGACUUUGUUUUCUGUGGAUCUCUCUCACUUUAUUUAAAUAGCAAGUUAAAAGCUAAUUCCAGAUACCUGUAGAGGAGAAGUUUGGGGUUUUCCAGCGAGGGGAAAGGAUAUUUUGGGGUUUUCCAGCAUCGUUGUCCCCUGACUUUCCUCUCGCACACUGAUCAUCACAAUCAUUUAAAGACAUCCUCUCAAAACGUAUCAAACAAAAUAAAGGGUUAAAAGGGGAUUUUAAAAAAAGGACCAAAAUGUAAACAAAUGAAUUGGUUUUUUUCUUAUUGGAAAUGUUUGUUUGUAACUGCCAAAUAAAUGUAUUUAAAGCAGACAGUGCCUCACAAAAGUA